AUGUCUAUUAUGAGCUAUAGUGGUGGUACUAUUUUGGCGAUGGCGGGGAACGACUGUGUUUGCAUUGCUUCUGAUUUGCGACUUGGUGAACAAAUGACAACAAUCGCUACGAAUAUGAAGAAGGUGCAUAAAUUGGGUGAAAAAGUUUAUAUUGGUUUAGGUGGAUUCCAUUCAGAUGCUAAAACAGUUCUUGACAAAAUCACUUUCCGGAAGAAUCUAUAUGAAUUAAGAGAGAAUCGAAAGAUAAAACCUGAGGUAGCAGCUGUGAUGGUAUCGAAUCUGUUAUAUCAACAUCGCUUCGGUGGUUAUUUUACGGAACCACUGAUAGCAGGACUCGACCCGACAACCAAUAAACCGUAUAUUUGUGCCAUGGACACCAUAGGUUGUAUUUCUGCCCCUAACGACUUUGUUGCUGUGGGGACCGGAACUGAAUAUUUAUUAGGCGUCUGUGAAGGAUUCUGGAAAGAAGGCAUGAAUCCUGAUGAGUUAUUCGAAGCUACAGCGCAGUCAAUGCUAUCUGCAAUGGAACGUGAUGCAGCUUCCGGUUGGGGUGCGAUCGUUUAUACAAUAACUAAAGAUAAAGUUAACAUAAAAACUAUCAAAACUAGGAUGGACUAA